CUCAGCGGAUAGCGUCCACGCGUCCAUGUGCCGGUCACGCGAUACUACGCGAUGGUAUGGUAUUUUUUUCCGCUCUUACAAACGGUUUGACAUUCAGCCGCGGCGGACCACGAGCGCGCGCUCAGACGAGAACGAAAAUAAAACGUACGAAACGCGUAUAUAUCAACCGAUGCCAUUAAUACUGCCUACUGUCGGUGCCGCAUUUUCCCGCCUGAUUAUAUUACAAUCGGUGUAUUUGUGAAUUUUUUUCGUGAAUUUUUUUUUCCCUUUAUUUCGUUCACAAUAUUUCUCACCCGCGCGGUUUUUUCUCGAAACGUUUUGCCGUCUCAUUAUAUACGUCGGUCCAAUUCGAAUAGCCGCGUUUUGUUUGAUGCGUAUAAUAAAUAAUACAAUAAUACAGUGCCCGUUAUACGCGAUUAAUACACCACAUUAAAUGGCAAUAUUAUUGUUUUAUAGUACUUGCUAGUUUCGUGUUUGUUUUCGGUGCGUUUCAAGCAGGAUUUGGCUGUGGCAGUUUAUAUCGUAAUAUAUUCAUCGACAGCUGGUGAUCAUAAAAACAUUCAACGGGGAUGUCAUCCGAAAAACGAAAAUUAUUGGAAUUUUUUUUUCAUUUUUGAUGUUCGAUAAAUGGCUUCAGAGAUAAUACCAUUACAACAUAACAAUAUUAAAAAUGAAAUACGAUUGCCGAGGAAUAAACGUUUUAACGUAUUUCAUAAUAUGCCUCUCUUUUAUACCAGUGUCAUUGUGCUUAAUGCAAAACGUAUUAAAUCUAAAUUAUUGGCAAUGCGUAAUGAAAAGAACGGAUCAAUGUCCAGACAUGGAUAUCAAAAUAUUUUUGUAUUCCAGCGGUGCUAAACGAAAAAAAUUGAUAGAUGUUCGAAACAAGAACACACUCCGGUACAGCGGUUGGGAUCCUAGCAAAAAAAACGUCAUCAUUAUUCAUGGUUUUAAUGGAACAGAAAGCAAGACCCCGAUGACAAUCAUCAGAAACGCGUACCUGAACCGAAAAGACUACAACGUGUUUACCGUGGACUGGGAACCGCUGACGUUCUUCCCGUGUUACCUGUCCUCGCUGAGCAACACCAGGCUGGUGGCCCAAUAAAUCUAUGCCCACCUCACCUAUUCUGGGGCAUCGGCGUACGACAUACACUGCGUCGGCCACAGUCUCGGGGCCCACAUAUGCGGCAUGAUAAGCAACCACUUGACACACAGACAACACAAAAUCAUAGGUCUAGAUCCGGCCAGGCCACUGGUCGAUAGAUACGGUUCGGCCGAGUUCCGGUUAACCAGGGAUGAUGCGACCAUGGUUCAGGUGAUACACACGAACGCAGGAUUCCUCGGCGAGACACCUCAAGUAGGACACGUUGACUUUUGUGUGAACGGUGGCCGCCUGCAACCAAGCUGCGCCAAGGAGCCCAGGAAUAUCCGUAAUAAUUAUUGCUCGUCGCCAGUCUGGCGGAACGAUCCAUUAGCACAACUAAGAUGUAGACUGCGGAUACCUGCUGGACGGCGAAGUAUAGUAGUGACUGACGGCCGGGCCAGGUGCAGUCACUUCCUGAGCGCUUGUUUCUUCGCAGCUUCGGUCUCGGAACGGGGUAAGCGCCACCAAGGCAUACCCUGUACGUCCACAUGCGAACCAUUGUCUAGGACGUUCGUCAAAGACGUACCCGUGUCCAUGGGAUUUCACACUCCAGACAAUGCUCGAGGAACAUACUGCAUUCAAAUGCGUAACAGUAAAGCGUGUCCAUUCGAUUAGACCGGAACCUCCAACGGGAGGCGCGUUCGGAGAACCCGAGAAAACGAGACGAGAAAUAAUACAAGUAUACACGAUAGAAAAAAAUGCGUGUCAGAAGAAACGGAAAAUCCAAAGUAAACCAAAGAUUGUUUAUGUGCGAACUGGUUACCGUAGUUAAAUAUAACGCACCGUUUCUAAAUAUUAUGUAUAAUAACUUGUACAAUAAAUUAUAUAAUAAUUAUUAAUACAUGAUAGAAUAACGAAUUCUGCGUGAAAUAAAUACACCGUCAUCAUCAUA